GACACUGGCAGCACCAUGGAUCUGGAGGAUUCUGUGGUUAAGGGAGGCGUGCUGAUCGUCCACCACAUCCAUGAGGGAAAGCACCAGUACGAAGUGGAAAAUGUGAAGUACAAAAAAGCGCGUGAAAAAGCAUUUGUCAGGAGAGGAGACAAACUGAUGCAGGUAAAUAGCAUGGACCUGCAGGAUCUCACACCUGAGGAAUUGGCGCAGUUGUUAGCUGAAGAUAAUCUGAUGCUGACGGUGCACAAGGCCAGCAGGACGAAGGAGCACACUGAGCAGGACUUCCCAGCUGAGGACACUUUACAUCCCUUCUCCAAGGAAUCCACAGUACUCAGUUUCAGCAUGGAGAUGAGGAGGGUGGAAGACCUGAAGCAGAGUGAAGUGGGGCAGGACGGGGACGGGGAGGAGAAUGUUUGCCAACCUGAAAAUGAGGGGUAUGGGGAGAGGGGGGAUCUGCUCAUCAUAUCCCUGAAGAAAACCAGCAUCUCCGUGGUGAGCGGGAGGGGCUGCGACAGCGGGAGACCCUGUCAGGGAUGCCAUGGGACAGGAUGCACCUUUAAUGAUGUUGUCAUGGUGUCCAAAUCCAGCAAGGUGACCCUUGUUGCAAGAGGAGGUGGAAGUUUCAGUCAGCUAAAGUCGUUAAACACUCCAAUCGAACAUUUGGCCACUCAUCAAUACCUCAGAGGUCUCUGCUCAGAGAAGACUAUCUAUGCUUCACCGAACCCAGAGGAGAUGACCAUCUACUACUACAAGUCAACCAGUUUAUUGUCCUUCAAGGGACAAGCAGUGGUCCUAAACUUUAGCAAGUCCAACUGCUUCCUCAGGUGCUGCAAGGAAGGGAACAGGGUGUUCCUACAAGUGGAGACUUACGAGAAGCAGAGGCUGAAGAAGAUCUCCAAGAGCGACGAGGACGCCCUCUCCUUCGUCUUCUACAUGAAGAACGAGGGGACCAAACAGCGGAAGUUUGAGUCAGCGCUGCACAGCGGCUGGUUCAUCCAAAUAGACACCAACAACUCAGUGGAAGCGGCAACCCAGGAUAGAAUGACAGCUGAAGAAUCGUUCCUCUUCAUCAUUCAGACUUGAGGGAGACUCAAGACGUAUUCUCAGUCAAGUUUACCACUAAAAUUCACAUGCGGAUUUUCUUUGGGACUUGAUAUUAAACAAAAGAAAAACAUGAGAGGAGCUCUUUUGUUUCACCCACCUGGGCCAGUGACAGAAAACCCACGUCACUGCGUCAAAUUCUGCUAUUGCAGAAGUGCGUAGAUAUGUAUCAUACAACUAUAUCUAAUUAAAAAAUGUUUAGUGUGUGUGUAAGUGUGUAAUCAGUUUUGUUGUUUACGGUGACCUUUCAAGCUGAUUGUUGUUGCUUUUUGUUUUUAACAAGUGUUAAUAUUUGGAUGUACAUUAUAUUAAACAAUUUAACAAACAAAA